UGUGUGUGCGUGUGUAGAUCUGUGUGUGUAGACCUCUGUGUGUGUGUGUUUGCGCGCGCGCUGUGGGCCAGUCUGCGUUUUAGUGAAUGGAGCUCAUUACGUAUGCAGCUUUCUCGCGGCUCCAUUCACAACUCCUGCUGCCUCUCGUGCCCCUCUCUUCCCUCUCCCUGCAGACUGCGCGGACCCCACUCAGCACAGUCCAAAUGACCACGGACGGUUAACGCAUGGAUUAUAAGAUGGAUGGAUAUCUGGACCAGCAAGUGCCUUAUACUUUAGCUAAUAGGUCGCAAGGAAAUGGGCCCCUAAAUAGACUGUUGAUGGCAGCAAAAAGGAAAUACAUGGACACCGAAUUACCCCCUCAGGAAUCCGAAGAUCUCUUUCAGGAUUUAAGUCAGCUUCAGGAGACAUGGCUGACAGAAGCUCAAGUUCCUGAUAGCGAUGAGCAGUUUGUUCCUGACUUUCACUCAGAAAACUUGGCAUUCCACAGCCCGCCGGUGAAGAUUAAGAAAGAGCCCCAGAGCCCCGGCUCAGACCCCAGCCAGUCAUGCAGCCACAAGCAGAGCUUCAGCUACCCCAGUGGAGAGCAGUGCCUUUACGCCAGUGCCUAUGAACAGAAGAGAGCAGCAGCGUCAGCAGCAGCGUCAACAGCAACGGCUGCAGCUGGAGCAGGACCAGGACCAGGAGCAGGACCAGGUGCAGGACCAGGACCCAAGAGCUCCUGCCCCGGGACCCCAAUGUCCCCCAUGCCGCAUUACUCCCCGAAACCACCGGUGGGCACUCGACCUGAAACGGGCUACAUGAACCCACCGUCGACCAGCCAGUCACACCCCAGCCACAGCCACAGUUUCCCCAUUAACCACAGCUCCAGAUUCCCCGCAGGCUCAGCAGAGAUGGGUCCCCCAUUUGGACCUCCGGGUCAGGCCCUGCAGCGCAUGCACCCUGCUCCAGCUGGAGGAGGAGGAGGAGGAGGUGCUGGUGGAGGUGGAGGUUAUCACCGGCAGCACUCUGACCCCUGCAUGCCCUAUCUGCAGCAGAGCUUUAAGCAGGAGUUCAUGGACCCCCUGUAUGAACGGGCAGCUCACAUGGCCGGCCCUCACCCUCAGAGGUUCCCCCCAGCCCAUAUGAUGGUCAAGCAGGAGCCCACUGACUACACCUAUGAGCCUGAUGUUCCUGGUUGCACCUCCAUGUACCACCACAGUGAGGGCUACCCCAACCCCCAGCACAACAAUGAAGGCUACAUGUUCGAAAACGACUCGCGUGUUGUUCCUGAGAAAUUUGAAGGUGAAGUAAAGCAGGAGGGAGGCAGCGUGUUUCGCGAGGGCGCCCCCUAUCAGCGGCGUGGCUCACUGCAGCUGUGGCAGUUUCUGGUGGCUCUCCUGGAUGAUCCUGGAAAUGCACACUUCAUUGCAUGGACUGGCCGCGGCAUGGAGUUCAAACUGAUCGAGCCAGAAGAGGUAGCCAGGCUGUGGGGGAUGCAGAAGAACCGUCCAGCCAUGAAUUACGACAAACUGAGCCGCUCUCUGCGCUACUACUACGAGAAGGGAAUUAUGCAAAAGGUGGCAGGCGAGCGCUAUGUUUACAAAUUUGUGUGCGAGCCGGAGGCGUUGAUCUCGCUGGCCUUCCCCGACAAUCAGCGGCCCAGCCUGAAGGCCGAGUUUGAGCGCUAUGUGAACGAAGAGGACACGGUGCCGCUGUCCCACCUGGAUGAAGGCGUGUCUUACCCCUCUGAACCAGCUGCCACCAACAUGGGCCCGCAGCCCUACUCCAAAGGCUACAUGUACUAACGCCUCCAACAGCCCCAUUUUCCCCCACCUUUCCCUCUUACCAUGCACCUAUUGCACAUGCCCAACCCCAUCCACUUGUAUAUACGGCUUAUGGUGUUUUUUUUUUUUUUUUUUGGUUUGUUUAAAUUAAUAUCAUUAGGGACUCAUGAUUCCUCUCAGCUAUGAGGCGUAUCCAAUACAAACACGUGAGACUGUGGAUCGACAAGUGGCUAAAUAAAGACCCAACAUUAUUACUACUCCAUCAUCCUGAGACCAGACUGUUUUCCCACUGUGGAGGUCUAUUGAAUGUUAACUUAAAGAUACUGGGGUUCAGGAUACAAAGCUGAGGAGUUUAUCGAUGACUUAGUUAUGCAACCUGCUGGAGAAACCGCCGAUCAAUGGGUGACAAAGGGCUCUUUUUCGAACAAAUGUCUUUAGCAUACAAGUAUGUAAACAAGCCAAAUAUAAGUCCUCUAAUAUAUCAGUUCAGUGGAAUCCGUAUCUACUCAGCAACACGUGACCAGCGCGUCACUCUCUGCGUCACUCUCCCUAGGAUAUUUCCAGUGUUCCUGAAGGCUUGUUGGAUAUAGACAACCUCAACACACAGAAUUGCCUUCCAUGAUGUAAAUAUCACUGUCACAUGGCUACUCCUCCAGCAAGCAGUCAGGAAGCAUUUAAAUUACCGCUUAAACAAUGUGCUGGACCUGUAGUCUGAGGAGGGCAUUUCUCAAGAAGCAGUAACACUAUAAUCCAAAUAACUUGAAUAAUACUAUAAAUAAAUAGUACAAUGUUUAUCAGUAAUAUCCCAGUGUUGUUGUUUUUUUAACAAAAUCACAUAUUCCUGAUAGUAAAUCUGCUGUUUAUGCUGUUGAAAUAAACUCUUUUUGCUUUACAGACA